AUGUCCGAGCCUUCGUCUUACCAGAUGGAAUCCCUUGAACGAGCGACGCCCUCCACUCCGAUCAAGGAAGGCACGCGUAGCAGUUCCGACAGCUGCGAAGAGUACUCCGAUGACGAAGACAUUCUGGCGGAAGAUCGCCCAGGAGCGGUCUGGGACGAGGACCAGAACUGGGCGCUCUGUGAUACAGAUUGUGGAUGGUGCGGACAUUGUGCUGAUGGAAUGGAUUACUGA